AUGUAUGCAUAUGAUCCAUCUAGGUUUGGAACCUACAAGGACCGUUGGGUUCUUGCUGCCGACUCAUCCAUUGCCCACCUCGCUAGCCAUCCAUCUAGCAGACCCGACCUCACCUUUAUGGCAGAUUAUAUGGGCACCAAUUUAAUUUUUGAAUCACAACACCUUACAUGCUUCGAUGGUGGCUCAUUUAUUCUCGGGGGGUUAAUCUUAAAUGAACAAAAAUAUGUUGACUUCGGUCUUGAGCUUAUCAAUGGAUGUCAUCAUACCUACACAAGUACUCAGACCGGAAUAGGACCUGAAAUAUUUCGCUGGAUCACAAACGAUACUGCAGUCAAUGAAACGGCAAACCCGCUGCCCCCUUCAAACCAAAAAGAGUUUUACGAUAAGAAUGGCUUUUACAUCACAGAUGGCUACUAUACUCUUCGCCCUGAAGUAAUUGAGAGUUAUUAUUAUUCUUAUAGUGCGACCAAGGAUGAAAAAUACCGCGAAUGGGCCUGGGACGCAUUUGUAGCAAUAAAUUCCACUUGUCGGACUGGAUCUGGUUUUGCAGAACUCAAGGAUGUAAAUGCUAAGGAUGGUGGUGGGUAUGAUGAUUUUCAAGAUAGUUUCUUGCUUGCCGAAGUUCUCAAGUAUAGCUAUCUUAUUUUUGCGCCUGAUGAUGAGUGGCAAGUUGAGCAUGAGGGUGUGAACCAUUGGGUAUUUAACACGGAAGCCCACCCAAUACCAGUAGCCGGGACACCUAUUUAG